AUGGUAUACGUUCAUUUUGCUCGUCCAUCUAAUAAUACGAAACUCAUUAAAAUUCAAUUGGAUCUAGGAUUAAAAAAAGGAAGUAUCCUCAGAGUAUGCGACACUCGAUGGGUGUGCCGAUUCAAAAAUUGUGAAGCAAUGAUAAGUAAUUACACUGCUAUAUUAGAAUAUUUAAGUAACGAGAUUGAAGAGCAAUCUGAUAAAGAUAUUGUCGAAGCAAUAGGUAUUCUUAGUGAAUUACAGAAGUGUACAUUUUUUAUUGGGGUUGUUUUAUUAAAAGAUGUUCUUAGUAUUAUUAACAUACUAAGUACCACAUUACAAUCAAAAACUGGCACUCUGGGUAAAGCUAAAAAUAUUAUAAAUGGUGUAAUACUAUCAUUUGAAAAAUUACGUUGUGAUGAAGAAUUUCUUAUAUUUUGGCAAAAAAUUGAAUCAUUGGCAGCACAAAAUGAUAUUACGCUUGAUAUACCUGACAUAAGAAAACGCAAAAGAACACAACCAAAAUAUUUGAACAGUUUUCAUGUGGAUACUAUCACUGGGGAAGAAAAUAAUAUUAACUCCUUAACAGUUGAAGAUUAUUGGAAAAAAAAUCUUUAUUUCCCAAUAAUUGAUGGUAUCAUUAUCAAUUUAAAAAAAAGAUUUUCUGUGGAAAGUUUAUCAAUGGCAUCAUCUAUUGAUUGUUUUUUGAAUCUUGAUUUCAAUGGAAGUUCUUUAUUUAUAAAUCAUUAUAAGGAUGUUAUGAAUGUUUCAGUAGAUAUGCUCAAAGCUGAAAUGAUGGUCUUUAAAAAUUUCUUACCUACAAAUUUCAGUUUUGAUGAUGUUAAAAAAACAUACAAAAAGUAA